GUUUCGCUCCUCCCUUUCCGGCUUAACCGGAAGCCAAGGGGCGGAGCUUCCCUGAGGGAAAGGGCAGCUGGGAUGGAGAGUUAGGCUUUCUCGCCCCGCCUCUUCCGCUUCGGCCAGGAAGCCAAGGGAAAAUGGCGGCCUCCGCGGCAACCGCGGCCGGCUCCGUCUGCGGGCCUUUCCGCUUCCGCCCGGCGCGGCUCCGCUUCCCGGCUCACCACCCCUUCUUCGAGGAAGGCGAUGUCCAGCGGCACCUGUCCCUCUGCCAGGCCACGCUGGCCCUCUCUGCAGCCCAAAGCGAGGAGGAGGCCGAAGGUGGAGGAGGAGAGGAGGCCCAGUUGGAUGGGAGACGGGCGGAGGUGCGUUGCCACUUCCAGGGCUGCGGGGAGGCCUUUGCCUCUUUGGGGGCUUUUGAGCACCACUACGACCUGCUCCACCGGGACGUCUGCUCCGCCUGCCGCCGGGCCUUCCCAUCUCGGCGCCUGCUGGACCUCCACCUCCUGGAGCAGCAUGGGGCGGCCCUCUUCCAGCUCCAGGCCCAGCAGCGCAGCAUGUUCCAGUGUUUGGUGGAGGGCUGCCCGGAGGCCUUCAGGAGCCCAGAGGACCGCAAGGAGCACCUGGUCACCACCCACUGCUACCCCCCGGACUUCCGCUUUGACAAGACACCCAAACACGGAAGCAGAGCAAAGGCAAGGAGGCCCCAAUCUGGGAAGGACGACACUGAGCCCAUGGAGGUGGCAGACCAAAAGGAGGGGGCGGUGGAGGAGGAGGCGAUGCCCACGGCGGAUGCCAUGGAAGAGGAGGAGCCCAGGGGGUCCCUCCAGACCCAGAGGCAGGCGACACCUAGGGAGCGGCCCUUGAGAUCCCGGGUCCCAGCCAGUAUUUCCUUUGGGCAGGGAGCCCCCCGGGCCUUUGAAGGCAGGAGCAGCAGGAGGAAGAGGCCCUGAGCAGGAGGGCAGCCUGCCUGCCGGACAGCGCUCUCCCGUCCCCUACCCCCCCCCCUUUUUGGCCUUGGACGCGGUCAAGAGUGGCCCCCCUCCAUCCGAGGGCAAGGGCCAGUCUCCUCAGGGAUGUUCAGCAAUAAAGCAGCGUCCAGCCCAUACAGUCGUGUUUCCAAUCUAUUCUGCACACCUGGAAGGAAACCCAGGACGCCAAAAAGGUAUAAAGUCCUUAUUUCCAACUGAAUGUAAAUGAUAAUAAAUGUUAUGUAAAUAAAACUGACAUGUGCACAGGAUGCAUGUGUUUACACUACUGGCAAGA